AAAGCAAAACAAAAUAAUUAUUCAAAGCACCAAAAUUCCAACAACAAAAGAGCACUCACCUCUGCCCGGAAUAUACACCAACCCUCUGCCGGCACUGAAAUUGGCCGUCGGAUUAUACCUGCGCACCAAAUCGGCACUCAAAUUACUCGCACUAGCCACCGUCUCCAAGCUCUCCCCUGCCCUCAACGGAUAAGUCACGAACAGCCCGUAAUCGAGCGACACGUCCCGAUUCCCGCAGCUGCAGUUCACCGUCAC